AUGAAUGAUGUUUUGCGUCGUGCAGGAUACGACAACUCGAGGAUACCAAACGAGCAGGAGAUAGCACGCGCACUGGGCAUGAUGGCAUCGCAGCAGACAAAGUCCACCGCAGAAAAUACAUGGGAUCUCAAGGUCUUUGUCUCGGUGUUGAGCAAAAACACCGUCGACUGGGUCAAGGUCAUAUGGGCCCUGGAUUAUCCCGACUUUAAGAUUCCCAGUACCUCUGGACUCGAGUUUAUUGUUGCUGUAUUCAGAGCUGCUGAAAAGAGUGACCGUCUGUUCCCAUUGGAGGCCUUCUGGGGACGAUGGAGCAAUGUUGCAGGACAGAUUUCGCUUUUGAGGGGUCUUGUCGCUGCACCCGUGACAAUACUAGAGCAGGAGUGGGCAUCAUCUCCCCGAAUCUUUGUCAGAAGCCAGUUUGCACAGUCGAGUCCUGAAGUUCGGUCGCAUGCCUCUGCAGGCCUGGAGUCGAGUGUAUGGAACUGCAUUCCUCUGGUUGAGACGUUAAUGGUACUCGCGGAUAACGACUCCAAUGACGAUGUCAAACCCAUCCUGGACCUGGACCUCAAAUCAAAUACGGAAUUGUUGUUCUUGGGACUCGUCCAGCUGAAAACCCCCUGGAAUUCGUUGCAUCAGGAUCUCGUCUCCAAGCUGCUUCAUGUUUAUCUGACGGGAAUCGGUAUUAUUCCCCAGUUUGUUCAAACGCGUCUGUGGCAGGUCAAUCAGGGCCUGUUUGUUUCUGGACUUUUGGAUCUCUACGACCACGACCGGACAUCGUUAAUAAAGGUUCUCAAGAUCACGGAAGAUCUCUCGAUCCUUGACAAAGUCCUUGAAGUCAAAUCAUUUGCGUUUGCGAUUGAUCUUGCAGUACUUGCUUCCAGUCGGAAUUUGUUGACUCUGGACACGUGGCUGCAGAAUCGGAUUCAGGCUGGUCAGGAUGCUUUUGUCAGAGCCUGUCUGGAUUUUCUCAGUGAAAGGAUCAUCAACAACGGUCGGCGGGAUGUCCCCACAAGCAAGGAGCUGCCGGUCGAAACUAUUGCCAUCUUCUUGCAGGUCCUUCUGGCAAGCCCCAUUUCGCCAGAAAACUCGGAAGCAUUUAAAAAUCUACACAAUACCUGCCUCCAGCUUCACCCACACCUUUCCAGCAUCACUCCAGUUCCAGAAGGAGGCGAUGCAGGAACCGAGACAUCGUUUUCAGCAGAGGUUGAGGAAGCAACAAAUGAAUAUUACAAGCGCAUCUACCGAGGCGACAUUUCCAUUAUGGAUAUCGUGGAAUUACUCAAGCGCUUCAAGAACUCUUCCGAUUCAAGAGAGCAGGCCAUUUAUUCGCGCAUGAUCCAUAACCUGUUCGACGAGUACCACUUUUUUGCAACGCAUCGGGAGAAAGAGCUGUCAAUCACCAGCGACUUGUUUGGUGCCAUCAUCCAGCACCAGCUCGUGUCUUAUAUCCCUCUCGGUAUCGCCCUCCGCUACGUCCUCGACGCUCUGAGGAAUCCGCCUGGCUCGAAGAUGUUCAAUUUCGGUGCUCGAGCUCUGACCUGCUUCCAAUCUCGACUACAGGAAUGGCCAACCUACUGCACUCAUCUCCUUCAGAUCCCACAUCUUAUACAGGCCCGUCCGGAUAUUGUCCAGUACAUCGAAUCAAUCCCUCCUUCGGUUAAUGCAGGAGUUCAGGACAGCACAGCGUCACCAUCUGUGCAAGCAUCUGCAGCUAUCCCGCAACUGCCCAGUCUGCAGGAUGUCCAAAAGCCAGCACCUCAGCCUACAAAUCUAUCGACAGCCUCCCCUCGAUCAGCCUCCGCGCCUGUCUUUACUUCACUGAAUGUGGACACAUUGCUCCUAGCACGAGAUAGUAUCGACUACGAGAUCCCGAAUGAGCAAGUGCAGGAUAAGAUACUGUUCAUCGUCAACAACGUGUCACUGACCAACAUUGAGGCAAAAAUUGAGGAGAUGAAAGGGCUUUUACGAGAAAGUGCCUACCGCUGGUUCAGCAACUACAUUGUUGUGAAGCGCGCUUCCAUUGAGCCUAACUAUCACGGAUUGUACCUACAAUUCCUGGGCGGACUCGAUAGCUCACUACUCUACCGGCACAUCCUGCAUGAAACCUAUGUCAACAUCAAGAUUCUCAUCAACUCGGAAAAGACGGUGCAGUCAUCUUCAGACAGGACACUGCUGAAGAAUUUGGGAUCAUGGCUUGGAGGCAUGACACUGGCUCGUAACAAGCCCAUCAAGCACAAGAACCUUGCUUUCAAGGAAUUAAUUAUCGAGGGUUAUGACAGCAACCGCCUUAUCGUGGUCAUCCCGUUCGUAUGCAAAGUGCUGGAGCAGUGUAAGAAAAGCAAGGUGUUUAAGCCGCCAAACCCUUGGCUUGUAGCCAUCCUGCGGCUUCUUGUGGAGCUCUUCCAGUUCGCAGACCUGACUCUGCAGCUCAAGUUUGCGAUCGAGGUGCUGUGCAAGAGCCUAGAGCUGGAUCUAAAGGAGAUUGAGCCGACCAGCAUUCUCAAACACAGACCACCGCAAGGGAUGGCGAAUCAGCAAGCGGCCCUCGCUCAGGACUUUAAGAGGCUCUCAAUGACAGGAUACGCUACGUCGGGGGGUGCACUAACUCAGUCCACAGCACAGCUUAAUAGUACCAUGCCCACUCAGCAGGACGUUUCGACUGACAUGAUCCCCAGCCUGGCCACCUUCGUCACCUUCAAUCCUCCAGCGUUCUACAACGAGAGACCCGCCCUCAAGCGUCUUGUGCUCAUUGCCAUCGAUCGGGCUAUUAAAGAGAUUGUGGCACCUGUUGUUGAUCGCUCUGUCACCAUCGCCGGCAUAUCCACUCGAGAGAUGAUCAUUAAGGACUUUGCAAUGGAGCCCAAUGAGGAGAAAAUGCGUAAGGCAGCCCAUCUAAUGGUCCAGAACCUUGCUGGCAGCCUCGCCCUCGUUACUUGCAAGGAGCCGCUCCGCGUCAGCAUGGCCAACAUCAUGCGCACACUAUUUCUUCAAAAUGGGUUCACAGAGCAGACCCUGCCGGAGCAGGCAAUUUUAUUGACCGUGAACGACAACCUGGAGUUGGCGUGUUCUGUUAUUGAGAAGGCCGCCAUCGAGAAGGCUAUCCCAGAGAUCGAGGAGAGUUUAGCAACCGCCUUCAACAACAGAAAGAAACACCGCGAGCGUACUGGACAGCCUUACUACGACAUGGGCACCUACCAGGCCUCCCGCUAUCCUGCCAAUCUUCCAGAACCUCUACGCAUCCGACCAACAGGACUCUCGCCCCAGCAACUUCUCGUGUACGAGGAUUUUGCCCGCAUGCCACAGCCAGCACUUGAGCCUGUAUUAUACGAUGCUGAGCAUGGUAUCCAAACGCCUCUCAACACCAAAGUGGAAUCGGGUCAAGGAUACCCAUUCGAUACAAACGAGGUUGGAUUCGAGUCCACGGCACCCGUAUACUCGUCACACCAAGCACUUGAGAAGUUUGCGCAAAUUAUCAACGAACUCGACAAGCUGGUCAGCCUUUCACCAAACGUCCCAUGGGCUGUUCUGCCGCCCAAUCAUGACGUGAAGAUGUUGGCGCGACUUGUACCGAUGGUUCCUGCUCAAUCGUACAACCCAGAAGAGACUGCUCUCAAGUUCUCUCAAAAAGUCGUCCAACUUCUGUACAAGUCUGAAAAUAUCUUGUCCCGCGAGCUGUACGUGAUUCUUCUGGAGCAGCUGUGCGAACUGUCGAACAAGGUCGCUAAGGAGGUGAUGGAGUGGCUUAUCUACGCUGACGACGAGCGCAAGUUCAAUGUGCCGGUUACAGCGAUCCUGAUCAGAGCUGGAUUGGUGCCCUUGGUGGAUCAGGAUAUGCAGCUUGCAAGGCUGAUUGAAAUGGGACGCCCUGGAGUGUUUGAUUUUGCCAUCAAGCUGAUUCGGGAGUGUAUCCUCAGUGAGCAGCCCUGUGCCAACCGCAAUGAAUUCAUCAACUCGCUGAAUGCACUCAAUCGUCUCGCACAACGUGGAGGCAAGGCUGUCGAGCCUAUCGUGUUGCUGAUCGACGACAUUCGAGAGCGAUUACAGGUCUCUACCCAGUCGGCUACGGAGAUGAAUGACAACAGCGUGCUCAGGGAACAGCUGGCGUUUAUUUUUGCCGAGUGGAUUCGUUUGUACCAGCUUCCGACUUCAAACGAGAAAGCGUAUGGCGCCUUCAUUAACUCGAUCCAGCAGCAGGGUGUCUUGAAAGGCGAGGAGAUCUCAUCCUUGUUCUUCAGAGUAUGCACCGAGAUGAGCGUGGAGAGUUAUCUCAAGUACAUGACAACGAACACUACAGCGGCGUAUCAGGGAGUGGAUGCCUUUGUGAAACUGAUCGUGACCCUUGUGAAGCAUUACUCGGACCCUCACGGAGUGAACAACAGCACCGCCAAGGUCACAUACCUGACCACGCUACUGUCUAUCAUUGUGCUUGUACUCGCGCAGGCCCACGAACAGCGUCGCGAACAGUUUAACCAGAAACCGUUCCUGCGUCUGUUCUCGGGACUGUUGACAGAGAUGAAUGUAGCUUAUGAGUCUAGCCCUGGCAUGUACAUCCAGAUUCUGACCGCUUUCAGCAACACGUUCCAAACCCUCCAGCCGAUGGUCUUCCCGGGGUUUACUUUUGGCUGGCUGUCGCUGAUUUCUCACCGUGCAUUCAUGCCCAAGCUCCUUUUGGCGGAGGGUUCCAAGGGUUGGCCAUUGUACCAAAAGUUGCUGAUAUCGCUUUUCAGAUUUUUGACUCCGCUUUUGGUCAAUAACGAAUUGCAAAAUACGACUCGAGCGUUGUAUCAAGGAACACUCCGCGUCAUGCUUGUGUUGCUACAUGAUUUCCCCGAGUUCCUGUGCGACUAUCACUUCAGCUUUUGCGACGUGAUUCCGAGUUCAUGCAUCCAGCUCCGCAACUUGAUUCUCAGUGCCUUCCCUCGCAACAUGCGUUUGCCGGACCCGUUCACGCCUAACUUGAAGGUCGACCUUUUGGCGGAAAUUCAUCAGCCCCCCCGCGUGCUUUCGGACUAUACGGUUAACCUCCCUGUUAUGUUUAGGCGAGAUCUGGAUGCGUACCUGCAGAAUCGCGAGCAGGCAGCCGUCCUUGAGAAUGUGGGCGAAGCUCUGACUGCAGACUCGAACGGACAGGAUUUGAUUGCUGGAGGAUCAAAGUACAAUGUUCCAAUGAUUAAUGCGCUGGUUCUUUAUGUGGGCGUCAAUGGAAUCGCACAACUCCAUGUCAAGACGGCCGAGAGUUCAUCGCCGAUUGCUCAGACUCCGCCGAUGGAUAUUUACCAGCAGCUUGCGAACGAGUUGGAUGCGGAGGGUCGAUAUAUCUUUUUGAGUGCGAUCGCCAACCAACUACGGUACCCUAACAGCCAUACACAUUAUUUCAGCCGAGUGUUGCUGUUCCUGUUUUAUGAGACCAGCCAGGAAUCGAUUAAGGAGCAGAUCACUAGGGUGUUGCUGGAGCGAUUAGUGGUCAACCGUCCUCAUCCAUGGGGUCUCCUGAUCACGUUUAUUGAACUGAUCAAAAACCCGCGUUAUGCGUUCUGGGAGCAUUCAUUCACAAGAAUCGAUCCGGAUAUCGAGAAGUUGUUUGAUUCAGUCUCGCGCUCUGUGAAGCGAUCUGCCUAG